AUGGGUAAUCGCGUGGCGAGACUGGCGACGCCGUGCUUCGCAGCAGGCGACGAGGCGCGCGGUCACCACGGUGACGGCUCGGCGGCGGACGUGUACACCACCGCGGCUGCCGAUGAUGGCAGCAGCAUCGGCCAUAUUCUGAGCUUCGACGGCCGCGAGGGCCCGGCCUUUGCCGGUGCCAUCCACGGCGUCUUGCUGCCGUCGAACCAGUCCACGGUGGGCUCCUCCGGCGGCUCCAUUCUGUACGAUCAGAUGUCGUUCUCCGGCUCGUCGUCGUUCGACAGCUCCAACUCGUUCUCCUUCCGGACGCUCCAGCCGCGGGAGUACUCGGGUCCGCUGGAGUACAGCACGUCGCCAUCGACGUCGGCGACAACCUCCGGCGUGUCGAUAUCGCGUCAGCCCCUGCGCACCGACGAGCAAAUCCUCGCGGACCUCUACGCGACGCGGCACCGGCGCCAGUGCCAGGCGUCCAAGAGCCCACUUCUCGGCGGCCUCCGCAAGGCCAUCGCGUCGGUGCUGCGUGCCGGCCCGUGCGUAUCCCCACAGACACAGAGGAAGCAAGACCGCGAGCCUGUCGUUGCGGUCGGCAACGGCGGCAACAUCGGCGCGAUCAAGAGCAACGGGGAGACGGACGAAGGCGCGGCGAGGGUGCAGUGGGCGCGUGGGAAGGCCGGGGAGGAUAGGGUGCACGUCGUUGUGUCGGAGGAGCACGGCUGGAUAUUCGUCGGCAUCUACGAUGGAUUCAACGGGCCCGACGCCACUGACUACCUCCUCGCCAACCUGUACGCGGCCGUGUGCCGCGAGCUCGACGGCAUGCUCGCGGAGGACGAGCUCAAUAGGCCCGACGGGCAGCCACCGCGGUGCAACGGCGCCGGGACCGGCCUCAGCGCCGCACAGCACCACCAGGUGCUCGACGCGCUGGCGCACGCGCUGAGGAGCACGGAAGCGGGGUACUUCGCGGAGGCGGAGGCGCGCGCCUCGGAGAACCCGGAGCUGGCGAUGAUGGGGUCGUGCGUGCUGGUGGUGCUGACGAAGGGCCCCGACGUGUACGUGAUGAACGUCGGGGACAGCCGCGCCGUGCUGGCGCGACAGGCCGAGCCCGACCUGUCUCAUGUAGUCAUGCCGCGGCAGGACGGGGGCGACCUCUCCGGCGUCAAGGAGGAGAUCAAGCGGCAGUUGGACGCGUGCGACAUGGGGGAGCUCGCUGCGCUGCAGCUCACCAUGGACCACAGCACCAACGUCUACAAGGAGACAAGAAGGAUAAGGAGUGAGCAUCAAGAUGAUCCAGCCUGCAUUGCGAAUGGCAGGGUGAAGGGUUCUUUGAAGGUGACAAGAGCAUUUGGAGCCGGCUACCUAAAGGAGCCCAGGUGGAACAAAGCUCUCCUGGAAGUUUUCCGGGUGGACUACAUUGGGACAUCGCCCUAUAUCACCUGCCGGCCCUGCCUUCGGCACCAUCGCCUUUCCUCACGAGACAAGUUCCUGAUCCUCUCUUCCGAUGGCCUCUACGAUUACUUCACCAACGAGGAGGUGGUGGUGCAGGUGGAGGCGUUCACCACCAAGUACCCCGAUGAAGACCCUGCCAAGUACCUCAGUCAUGAGAUCCUCCUCCGUGCCGCGAACCAAGCCGGAAUGGGGUUCCAUGAGUUGCUUGAGGUACAACAAGGGGACCGGAGGCGAUACCACGAUGAUGUCUCCAUCAUCAUCAUCUCAUUGGAAGGGAAGAUAUGGAGGUCCUAGGUUUAUGGAUUAGUCAUUUUUUAUGACAGGCAUUGUAGUGGUAGAGCGCAUUAUAUCGAUCCACAUAGCACAUUGUAAAAAAAAGGAUUGACUCCUAAGGAGAGUAGUACACUGAAACAUUUUGGCGGCAGUUUCUCUUGUUUGAAUUGAGU